AAUUUGCGGGAAGGCGAAAAAAUUGGAAUUUGGUUAAGUUUUCUGAAUCUUCGCCAUCAAAAUGGGAAAUGAGGCCAGCAGUUCGCAAGAUGGCAGCCAGCGGAUACCAAACGAUAUCAACUUAUCGUGGGAAAGAUUAGUCUUUGAAGACAUCGAAGCCAGGGACGGACACUGCGCCUGUGCUUGUGAUGGCAAGCUGUACAUAUUUGGCGGAGUGAAACAUGGCGGAGGCGCUGGUGGGAAGGAUGGCUUCCAUGAAAGCAACGAACUUCUUGUUUUUGAUCCUAUUGCAAGAACAUGCAAAGUUUUAAAUGGUGGCGGUGAUAUCCCAGUCAGUCGAUCAUCAGCUGUGCUGGCCUGUGUCAAAGACAAUCUCUAUUUAUUUGGAGGGCUUAAUGCUGACAGUGGGUGGUUCAAUGACCUUCACCUCUACAACACAACAACUAAUCUUUGGAAGAGGAUUGAUUUGCCAAGUGGACCGACACCGAGGGACAAGAUGGCAACCACCGUCGUUGGUUCAAAUAUUUAUAUCUUUGGAGGCUUCGGACCGUACUGCAAAGCACAGGUUGAGAAUGCUAUAAAUAAAGAGAAUGUUGAGGAGGAAGAGGACGAGGAAGAAGAAGAGGAGGAGGAGGAACCACUGGAUGACAGCAACAUUUUGGAUGAUGAGUCUGCAAAAUUUGGCUGGUUUGAUGACCUCUACAUAUUCAACACUGAAAUCAACAUGUGGAUCCAGCCUGUACAGAUGAACCUGGCCUGCCCCUCUCCCAGGGCAGCCCACAGCAUGAGCGCCACCUCCAGGGGUGUGAUCAUCUUUGGAGGCAGAGAUAAACAUGGUCGGAAUAAUGAUCUUCACAUCUACGAUACAAAUUCAAGAAAGUGGGUAACAGAUCUGUCGAUUGCUGGGAAAUAUCCGUCGGCUCGGUCAUUCCAUUCAUCAGUGGCUGUUGGCGAUCGAGUGUUGGUUUGUGGUGGACGAGCAGCUGAUGAACAUCACUUCAAUGAUGCCCACAUCUUCGAUUCUGAAACUCUGCAGUGGUUGCAGCCAAUAGUGAAUCUUGACACUAAUUACACUAAACGAGGGGUCCACACGAUGAACGUCGUUGGCGACUACAUCGUCAUGUUUGGAGGAUCUGCUGAUUUUGAUGCUGAGACAGUCCAGUGUACCACCUUCCUCAAUGAUUUCUAUCUCCUAAAAAAGAGUGAUGUCCUAAAGGGAGCCGCCCUUCCAGAAAUUUCCUCGGAAAAUGAUGGAAUGAAUGUUGAUGAGGAUGGUGGUGGUGCUGACGAAAACGCAAAAAUUGAGACAAGGCAACGGAAAUAAUGAUCUUGAUCUGAAAUAGUCAUGAUCCAUCAUCGUAUAAUUUUUCAUAUUUACCAUGCAUGUAAAUUAAUUAGUUUUAUUUAUUCAUUCAUUCACUCAUUUUAUUUAAUUGGAACGUUUUAUCACUGUUUUGAACUGGUGUAUAGUCUGGUUGAUGUUCAGUUAAUGGAAAAAAUUAAAUUAUUCGACGGUUGACAAUGUUUAUUAACUUUCAAACUAAAUCGCAAACCCAAAAUAAAUCAUAUUUUGGACGUUAAAAACUAAAAACUUGAUUCUAAGAAUCGUUUAAACGUUCGAGAAUCUAUGUGAAACUUGCUUGCGCUUUAUAAAAAUUUUUUACAUUAUUUUUAAGAUAUCUUCUAUCUUGAAUUUUUGUACCUUGCUCUUGCAUUUCUUCACACUAAGGAAACAUUGUUUUUCAUCUACGCGUUUUAGGUUAUUUUAAUGUUAAGAGUAUUGGAAUAGUAAAGAAUAAUAA